AGCACAGGCCUCCCAGGUCUUGCUCAGGCCCCAGGCUGCCGGGCGGCGAGGGUUUCCCUCUUUCUUUUUUACUAGUCUCAGAAGGAGCAGGGGGUGGAGGUGGACGAGGCCGAGGCGGGCGGAGAAGGGGGAUGCGGGGGACCAACACGAAGCAGCUGCUGGGCGUCCUGGCGCAGGAGAGGGGCCCAGAGCCCCGGAGCCCACGAGGCCACGCAGACAGAGCCAUUUGGGGUGCCCGGGGCAGCCAGUGGGCAGCCCACCCAGGGGACCCCCAGGGGCCAGAGGGGCCAGGACAGACAGACGGACGGAGGGUCACAGACCCGCAGAGAGAGGAGCAGGGAAGGGGUAUCAGAGCCAGAGACCAGCCAGCCAGCCAGAGGAAGGGGCAGAGCAAGAAGCGGGUGGUUGGGUAAAGAAAGGGGCAGGGAGGGUCCCAGGGCAGGAGGAGCCGGGGCAGUGGGCAGCAGCCUCUGAAGAAGUAGCCGCAGCCGCAGCCUCCAGCCCCAGGGCGGGGGUCAGGCCAGGUCGACGGGCAGCCGGGCGCCCGCCAGCAUCAUGAGCAGCUCUGCGCUCCUGAGGAGGAGUUCUAGCAAGCAGGGCCUGGAGAGCCUCCUGAGGCUCGCCGCUCAGUGGAGUGUGGAGGAGGAAGAGGAGGCCUCCUGCGAGCGGCGCCGGCGCGACAGGGAGCGACAGCUUCGGGCUCAAGACGAAGAUGAAGGAAGCCUGUCCCCGGAGCAGUCAGAGCAGGAGAAGCUCCUCAGCCCGCAGCCCUCGGAGGGCCCUGAACUGGAUGAGGACGAGGGCUUUGGCGACUGGUCCCAGAAGCCAGAGCAGCAGCGGCAGCAGCAAUGGGGAGCUGGAGAGACCCCGGAUGCUGGGGACCCCUCUCGGGGCGUGAGUCCGGAGGGGACGCAGGAGGACAGCAGGCCCCGCCAGGGCACCUCUGGGGGCCACGGAGGCGACGAGCUGAGCCCAGCUGAGGUCGGUCUGGAGGAGCUGCAUCUGAGCCCUGACUCGGAGUCCCGGGAGGGGCUGGCACCAGAACCCUCAGAGCCCACUGGGCCCAAGGAGCCCGGGCAGGGCAGCCCAGGGCUGGCAGAGGCCACGGAGGCAGCGGUGCAGCACCAGAGCUGCCAGCAGCCCAGGACACCCAGCCCCCUGGUCUCGGAGGGGACUGAAGUGGGCUCGCCUCCCCUGAGCCCCAGCACCAAACUCAGUGACAGAACCGAGUCCCUGAACCGCUCCAUUAAGAAGAGUAACAGUGUGAGGAAGUCCCAGCCAGCCCUGCCCAUCUCCAAGAUUGAUGAGCGGCUGGAGCAGUACACCCAGGCUGUCGAGACUGCAGGCAGGACCCCCAAGCUCACGCGCCAGCCCUCCAUCGAGCUGCCCAGCAAGGCUGUGGCGAGCACUAAGAGCCGCUGGGAGACAGGAGAGGUGCAGGCUCAGUCGGCUGCCAAGUCCACCCCCUGCAAGGAUAUUGUGGCCGGAGACAUGAGCAGGCGGGAUCUCUGGGAGCAGAAAGGAGGCCCCAAGACUUCGUCCACCGUCAAGCAGAGCACGCCGUCUGGGAAGAGGUACAAGUUUGUGGCCGCCGGACACGGGAAGUACGAGAAAGUGCUUGUGGACGAGGGCUCGGCGCCCUAGGCCCCUCUGCCUGCUUUCCCAGGAGCAGGGCACAGGCCAGCAGCAGGUCCUGCUUCCCCGACUGCACGCCCAGGGGAGAACCUGGCCAGGUCCGUCCCCCCGCCCCCCGAACCCGACCUUGCCGAAGAAGCUGCUUCUUAUGCCUGGCCUCACCCCGCAACCCUGGCAGCUCUUGCUGUGGGGCCCUCCGACCUCGCCCUCCGACAUGGCACCCACUGCCCCCCACAAUUCCGGGAGGAGAGGAACUCUGGCUGUUGGUUGGUGAAGGGACCCCCUCCAGAGAAGCCGUAAGCUCCCAGGGAAGGCGCCAUCAGUGCUGGGAGCGGCCACGUGCUGGGGUCUCCAGGUCAAGAGCCACAACCCCUGCCCUGCCUGCACUGCCCCCCACUCCCCGCUGGCAGCCCCUUCACCCUGUCCAGUAAAGCUUCCAUCUGUCUCCA